AUGGCAACAUGGUCUCGCCAUCUUCAUGACGUUUUCUAUCUCUAUGGAUUGUCGCUCAAUGACUCAUUAACACAGGAUCCCAUCGGAGGACAAUCGAACGCCUUUUUUAUUUCUGAGUCGAUGAAACGAAGCUUUGUAGGAUUGACCGGAUUAGUCACCAUAAGUCAGAAUGGAACACGUAUUCCAUUGUUCUCAGUGUACGUCCUGGAUACGAACUUCAAUCAAGUGACUGCUAUAAAUUUUACAGUAAUUGACGGGCAAACGACAAUGUCAAAAGGUUACACAAACGAGGCGACUACGCUGUGGGCAACUCGAGGCGGCCAACGACCUCUCGUUCGCCCAAAAUGUGGCUAUACUGGGACUGAGUGUCCAAAACCAUUCUGGGAGCUCUAUGGCUUAUACAUCAUUGUUGCAUCUGGUUUGCUUCUGAUUCUGCUGACUGCUGCUGUAAUCUUCAUCAUAUAUGUGAUAAGCGUGAACUGCAAGCAACAAAGCAAGCGCUCUCUUCAAUCUGGACCGUCGAUUAUGACGGGAGACUCGAAGCUGACAGAAUCUAAUUUUGGCGACUUCGAGCUCCAUUUCCUAGAAAACGAUCCUGUUCUUACCACGAAAUAUCCUGCGACUGGAUUGACCGAGGAAGACAGAUCCAGAUUCCCACAGGAACUCAUCUCGAAAGGUUCGCUAUGGUUUGAUCCGUUCUUCAUGUUGUGUAUAAUGAGAGAUAUCGCUGAGGGUCUCCGAUAUCUGCACGGCUCAUUCAUCGAAUCGCAUGGUCGUCUCCGUUCAGAGUGUUGUUUGGUGACUGACAGCUGGCAGGUGAAAAUUUCCGAUUACGGUAUCGGAUCAUUGCGAGAAGAUGAGCGCCUCAAGAAAAAA